CCGAGCUAUUGUUGCAAAAACCAAAACCAAACUUCCACAAAGUAGUACAGAGGAGUAAAAAGAUGCGAAAAUAAGAGAAAGUUAAUUUGUCUUUAGCUGGCGCUUCAGAUCUCUACCAUAUACAAGUGAAAGCGAACUUUGACGACCAAAGACCCCCAAACAGGUGAAACUACCUUUUACACAAUUUACUAGUUACUGUGAAAUAGAACGUUUUGAUUGGUUAACAAGGCAUUUGUUCUAAGGACCACUAAGGAAGCGCGAGCAUAACCUUAUUUACAUGGACUCCACCCCUCUAUGACGACACCGCUGAAUAUUAACCAAUAAAUUCUCAAUACUGUUCUAGUCUUCAUUUGCAUACAGGCUCUAUAAGUAGCGCGUAACCAGCCCGUUUUAAUAUAGUCUGGAUCCCUUCUACUAGCGGGUGACGUUUCUUCCUGCGAAGAUGCCGGAUCCAGCAAAAUCAGCUCCUGCUCCUAAGAAAGGUUCCAAGAAAGCUGUCACGAAAGUGCAGAAGAAGGACGGCAAAAAGCGCAAGCGGAGCCGCAAGGAGAGCUAUUCCGUUUACGUGUAUAAAGUGCUGAAGCAGGUUCAUCCCGACACCGGCAUCUCGUCCAAGGCCAUGGGCAUCAUGAACUCGUUCGUCAACGAUAUCUUCGAGCGCAUCGCAGGCGAAGCGUCGCGCCUGGCGCAUUACAACAAGCGCUCGACCAUCACGUCCCGGGAGAUCCAGACGGCCGUGCGCCUGCUGCUGCCCGGCGAGCUGGCCAAGCACGCUGUGUCCGAGGGCACCAAGGCGGUUACUAAGUACACCAGUUCGAAGUAAGGGCGCGCAAGGGACGAAAUAGAACAUCUACUUUACCCCAAAGGCUCUUUUCAGAGCCAC